UCCACAUUAAAAUUUACAAAAGACCGGUGUAGGAAGUUUAAUCUUAAAAUUCAUGUUUUUUCCAUCUACAAGUCGUUCUAUAUUCAUCUUCUAUCGUUGUCUUUUUUCAGUCCAUUUAUAGUUUCUAUACACAACUGGCGUUCCAUAGUAACUGUUCAUCCAACUGCAUAAAAAUAAAGCUGGCAAAUUCAAUCCUCUUGGAUGAAAACUGACCACUAGAAAAACUGGUGGCUGCUGUAGCCCAAAUAAGAAACUUUGCGCCAAAAUAGUAUUUAUCGAACUAACUUCAAGUGUUUGUUUUUUCUUAUUUAUUUUCUAUUUCUCGAUGGAGGGUCUCUAAAGCUCCGAGAGAAGAUAAUGCUACUGAUGUUGAGAUGUGUUUAACAUAUUUGUCUUCACUUUGAUUAUUUUACAACUUCUAUUUAUCUCGUCUCAGGAACCAUAUCAAAGUGUUUUUCUUUUGAAUGUUCUGUGGAUUUUCUAAAGGAAUUAAAGAAAGAAGAAAAAACUACUGUUUACUUGUUUUGCUGUAUUUUUAUGGAUUGUUGGUGUGGGGAAUGAGAUAUGGGUUUGAAGGGAAAUGGGGAAAGGCCUUGCGAAGGUCCUGUUUGGAUCAGUGCAUGACUCUAAAAUCCAGCAUUUUCCCAUCGAUAAGACACCUACAUGAUUGUCAGAUUAGGCUUUGUUGUUGCUGCUUCUAUUGCAGCUUAUGCAGUAAAGCAGAUUAGUGUCAAGAAUUCAAACCCAGCAGAUAAUUCUCUAAAAGAUGAAAGGGAAGACAGGGAGGACGUCAGGUGUUCGACGAAUGGCCUCACAGGGGUUGUUGCCGAGCAAGAAGAAGAAGAAGAAAAGGAGGAAGUGAAACAAAUAAGCAGCAUCAUAAAUCCCACCCUAAGCACCCCAUCAGAUUUUGACGACGAGCUCUUGCCGGAAUUUGAGAGCCUAUUAUCCGGCGAAAUAGACUUCCCACUCCCCACGGACAAAUUCUCAUCAGCCACAGCAAAAGAUCUGGAAAAUGACCGAAUAUACGAAAAUGAGAUGGCAAACAAUGAAAGCGAGCUUGUACACCUACGUAACCUCGUUAAAGAAUUGGAAGAGCGCGAAGUAAAGCUCGAGGGGGAGCUUCUAGAAUAUUACGGCCUGAAAGAGCAAGAGUCGAGCAUAGCCGAGCUACAAAAGCAGCUCAAGAUCAAGACUGUCGAGAUCGACAUGCUUAAUAUCACGAUAAGCUCUUUACAGGCCGAGAGGAAAAAGCUUCAGGAGGAGAUUUCUCAAGGGGCUGCAGCCAGAAAAGAGCUCGAGCUAACGAAAAAGAAAUUGAAAGACUUGCAGAAGCAGAUUCAAAUGGAAGCUAACCAGACCAAAGGCCAGCUUUUGCUGCUAAAGCAGCAAGUGAGUGGGCUUCGGGCCAAGGAGCAGGAAGCGUUUCAGAAAGAAGAGGAGGUGGAGAAGAAGCUGAAAUCUGUCAAGGAGUUGGAGGUUGAGGUUAUGGAGCUCAAGAGGAAGAAUAAGGAGCUUCAGCACGAGAAAAGGGAGUUGGUUGUUAAGUUGGAUGCGGCCGAAGCUAAUGUCAAAGUGCUUUCAGACAUCACGGAGACCGAAAUGGUGGCGAAAGUUCGAGAAGAAGCCAACACCUUGCGCCACAUGAACGAGGACCUUGUGAAACAAGUCGAGGGCCUUCAGAUGAACCGCUUCAGCGAGGUCGAGGAGCUCGUGUACCUCCGCUGGGUCAACGCCUGCCUCCGCUUCGAACUCCGCAACUACCAAAACCCCACAGGCAAAAUCUCGGCCCGUGACCUCAACAAGAGCCUGAGCCCGCGUUCCCAGGAACGGGCCAAGCAGCUCAUGCUCGACUACGCGGGCUCCGAGCGCGGCGGCGGAGGAGCUGACACUGACCUCGACAGCAACUUCGACAACAUGUCCGUCGACAGCUCGGACUUGGACAACACUUCCAUCGACAGCUCUACCAGCAGGCUCACCAAAAAACCCGGGCUUCUCCACAAGCUCAAGAGGUGGGGAGGCAGCAAGCCCAGAGAUGGGCCCGAGCCCGGGCCCGGCCUGUUUUCUUCUCCUGUCAGGCCCAAUAAGGGCCCUCUGGAGGCACUCAUGCUGAGGAACGCGGGAGAUGGGAUGGCUAUCACGUCGUUCGGGACAGGCGAGCAGGAAGACAAUAUUGCCUCGUCUUUCAAGGUAAUGUCAAUGUCAGUGGAUGGUGUGGUGGACGAGAAGUACCCUGCGUACAAGGACCGACACAAGCUGGCGCUCGAGAGGGAGAAGCAGAUCAAGGAGAAGGCCCAGCUGGCGAGGGCUGUCAAAUUCGGGGAUAAUGUUAAAGCUGUCCUGCCCCCGAAACUCUCGCUCAUCAAGGAGAAACCGGUUGUGGCUUCGCCUGGAGAAUCUAACGACUUGUCGGUAGAUUCUUCUUCGGCAGUCGUUAGCAAGAUGCAGCUCACGCAGAUCGAGAAGAGGGCUCCGCGGGUCCUGAGGCCGCCACCUAAGCCAUCUGGAGGUGGGCCCGCAGGCCCUAAUGUGAGUGCGUUGGGUUUGGGCCCGGGCGGGCCUCCCCUGCCGCCACCUCCACCACCUCCCGGAGGGCCGCCCAGGCCACCUCCGCCGCCGGGUACCCACCUGAGAGGGAUUGGAGGGGAGAGAGUCCACCGGGCACCAGAGCUGGUGGAGUUUUACCAGACGCUGAUGAAAAGGGAGGCAAAGAAGGAUAGUUCGUCGGGACUUGUGGUGGCUGCCUCGUCUAACACGUCUGACGCGAGGACGGAUGUGGAGACUCAAGGAGACUUUGUGCAGUCGUUGGCGACCGAAGUUCGAGCGGCUUCGUUUAAUAACGUGGACGAUUUGGUGGCGUUUGUGAACUGGCUGGAUGAGGAGCUCUCAUUCUUGGUGGAUGAACGAGCUGUAUUAAAGCACUUUGAUUGGCCGGAAGGGAAAGCUGAUGCACUAAGAGAGGCGGCAUUUGAAUAUCAGGACCUGAUGAAAUUGGAGAAGCAGGUUUCGUCAUUCACUGAUGACCCGAGUCUGCCUUGUGAAGCUGCUCUCAAAAAGAUGUAUAAGUUGCUUGAAAAGGUAGAGCAGAGUGUAUACGCGCUUUUACGCACACGAGACAUGGCAGUCUCACGGUACAAGGAAUUUGGCAUCCCAGUCGACUGGCUGCUUGAUUCCGGUGUAGUUGGCAAGAUCAAGCUCUCAUCCGUACAACUCGCUCGAAAUUACAUGAACCGUGUGGCAUCAGAGCUUGACGCAAUGAAUGAGCCCGAGAAGGAACCCAACAAAGAAUUCUUGAUCCUUCAGGGUGUCCGUUUUGCUUUCCGUGUGCAUCAGUUUGCCGGAGGAUUUGAUGCAGAAAGUAUGAAGGCAUUUGAAGAGCUAAGAGGCAGAGCUCAUGCUAAAAGUGCAGAAGAAAGUAAACCAGAAGAAUGAGAAGAUUCUACGCGUACUUUAAUUUUUGUUUUUGCAUUGUUCAGUUUUCAGUUGUACAUUUCAUCAUCUGUAAGCAGAGAAACAAUGUGUUUUGGAGAUUAUAGGGAGUAAAAUUUUUAACUAAAGAAACAUAUAAUAGAUGGGGAAAAAGACAGAAAAAAAAAAAAGAAAGAAAAAAGAACAUACUUGUAAUCUGAGAGAAUAACAUUGUAAAAAUGAUAUGAAUCACUCCACAGAAUUAAACUGUGUAGAUGUUUUGUGCAUUGAAGUGGCACUUCUAUAAGUCCAUGCUUCAUAUUUUCUUAUACUAGCUUACCCUGAAACUUUUCUUGAG